CCAACAUGACUCCAUCACUGUGGGGACUGCUGUGGUUUUUCAGCCUCCUGUCACGGGGGACUCUAGGAGCUAACCCUCAGUCUGGGCCGCAGAGCCGCCGGCAAAUUCACUCCAUCAGUCCUUCACUUCCACGGGUUUCCCCACAGGCUCCUCCGAGGGUCCAACAGCGAAAACAUGAUAUCAAAACUAUUGAGCAAACGUUCGACGAAGAACCGAGUGCUGAAACCUUUCAGGAGCUGCAGCUGACUGGGCAUACAACUCAAGACUUCCAGGAGCAGCAAGGAGCGCGACCAGGGAGCUCUAAUUCGAGGUCUCAGCAGGCCUCCCCCAAACGGCCACCCAAGAGAAACCAGCCACAACAUAGAGCUACACCUGGUGCACUGUGGGACUCUGCGAGAGACUCCAGAGGCUCUCCUGCACCGAUUAGAGCCAGCGCAGCAACAAGGUCCAACUGCAGAAACCGGCCCAUAGACCUGGUGUUCAUCAUUGACAGCUCCCGCAGCGUCCGCCCUGCUGAGUUUGAGAAGGCCAAAGACUUCCUGGUGGACAUGGUGGACAGCCUUGAGAUUGGCGUUGAUGCCACCCGGGUUGGCCUGGUCAACUAUGCCAGCACGGUGAAAAUCGAGUUUCUACUAAAGACUUAUUUUGACAAAUCGGCCCUGAAGAGGGCGCUGGCCCAGGUGGAGCCCCUUGCUUCAGGCACCAUGACAGGCAUGGCCAUCAAAACUGCCAUGGAGAAAGCUUUCACCUUAGAGGCGGGUGCCAGAGCCGGCAACACGAACAUUGCCAAAGUUGCCAUCAUAGUGACAGACGGGAGGCCGCAGGACAAGGUGGAGGAAGUAUCAGCGGCAGCUCGGAGUUCUGGGAUCGAGAUCUAUGCGGUGGGAGUAGACAGAGCCGAUAUGGCGUCCCUCCGUCUCAUGGCCAGCCAACCACAUGAUGAUCAUGUCUUUUAUGUGGAGACAUAUGGGGUCAUUGAGAAGCUCACUUUCAAAUUUAAGGAAACCUUGUGUGGUUUGGAUGCUUGUGUUCUCGGACACAGCUGCCAGCAGAUUUGUGUCAGCAAUGAAAUCUCGUAUGACUGCCAGUGUCGUGCUGGAUAUGUCCUGAACCCCGACAAGAAGACAUGCAAACUUUCAGAUUCAUGUGUCCAUGGACAUGAAUGCCAGCAUAUUUGUGUCAGCACUGAUGAAUCCUACAUCUGCAAAUGUGAACAGGGAUAUGUGUUAAAUACAGACCAGAAAACUUGUUCACUCUUGUCUUCAGGUUUAUGCUCUCUGGGACAUGACUGUGAGCAUAUUUGUAUCAGCACUGAUGAUUCGUACAUCUGCAAAUGUCCAAUGGGAUAUGUGUUGAAUGCUGACCAGAAAACAUGCUCGCAAAAGAAUCUGGACUUUUCAGGGUUUGACCAUGUGAAACCAUGUGACCACGGACAUGACUGCCAGCAUAUUUGUGUCAUGAAUGGUGAUUCAUAUCUUUGCCAGUGUCAUGAGGGAUAUGUAUUGAAUGCAGACCAGAAAACAUGCUCACAGAUUGCAUUUGCUGAGCAUCAGAUGGCUAUGUACUCUUCUUUGGCACCACCUUUGGAUGUUAUCAGACCAUUAAACCAGUGGAAGCCCCAUCUCCCGGGCUUAGUUUUGGAUGCAUGCGGCCAGAGACAUGACUGCCAGCACAUUUGUGUCAACAAUGGGAGUCUGUAUAUCUGCAAGUGUUAUGAAGGAUAUGCAUUGAAUGCAGACCAGAAAACAUGCUCACGUUUAAGUUUGAACGCUUGUGCCCAGGGACAUGACUGCCAGCACAUAUGUGUGCUUGAUGGUGACUCCUAUAUCUGCAAAUGUAAUGACGGAUAUGUAUUAAAUGCAGACGAGAAAACAUGCUCACCAGAUUUGGAGUUUCAAGGGAUUAUUCAACAAAGCACCAAAGUUUCAACUGAUGAGAGUUUGAAGGGAUGUGCUCAAAGACAUGACUGCCAGCACACUUGUGUCGACAAUGGGGAUUCUUAUAUCUGCAAGUGUCAUGAAGGCUAUGUAUUGAAUGCAGAUCAGAAAACAUGUUCACGUUUGGGUUUGAAUGGAUGUGCCCAGAGGCAUGACUGCCAGCACAUUUGUGUUGACAAUGGGAACUCGUACAUCUGCAAGUGUAAUGAAGGAUAUGUAUUGAAUGCAGACCUCAAAACAUGCUCACGGUCAGGUGCAGAUGCGUGUGCCCAAGGUCAUGACUGUCAGCACAUUUGUGUAAAAAGUGGAAGCUCCUUCACCUGCAAAUGUCGAGUGGGAUAUGUAUUGAAUAUGGACCGUAAAACAUGCUCACGCUCAGAUGUAUGUGCGAGUGGACAUGACUGCCAGCAUGUUUGUGUCAACAAUGGCGACUCGUACAGCUGCAAGUGUCGAAUGGGAUAUGUGUUGAAUGCAGAUCAGAAAACGUGCUCACAGGAAAUGAGGAGUGAGAUAACUGAAGAUGCCUGCAUGUGUGAAGCUCAGAUUUUGUUCCAGAAGAAAGUUCAUACGACUAUUCAGGAGCUGAGCAGAAAAAUUGAUGAACUUUUAGAUAAAGUGAACCUCAUCGAGGGUCAACAGAGGUACUAAGAAGCCCAAUCAAGAUUCCAGAAGACGUCCUGGAUGCUAAAACAUUUUUAUCAGAAAAGUAAUCUGUUAAUUGUCUUGAAGUGUUGGUAAAAAUGGUAGUUUGUUGCUUUAUUACGCAAUGUGCUGUACACAUUAUGGUUUUGUGAUAUAUAUAUAUUUGCAUUUUCUCAUUUACACUGACAGUUAAUUAAAUAUUUUUAAACUGUUAAGUCAGGGAUGACUGGUAAUAUUGUUUUAAUACCUCUGUAUAUUUGUAAUAAAAGGUUUCAUUACAUAUUAAUGCUGAAAGCUCUU